AUGACUGAAACGGUACAAAUAACUAUCACAUCAAAAGUCCUUCGUCCAACUCCUAGUUCGACACAAAAGGAUGAGGAUGUUCCCGGUUCUACUCUUCACGUUAUAAUUCAUAACGUUCAUCACAUGCGCCUUGAAUUCCCCCCUCCACCAGAUUAUAUCAUUCCCACGACGAUAUGGAACAAUGUGGUGCAAAGACUUCGCUUAUUAGGACUCAAGUUCAUCUACGGUAACGGAAACAUUGAGGAAUCUCGAUUGUACGAUUUUGAAAGGGAUCAGUCCUACUCGCAUAUCGUUAAACACAACGAUUACGAGAUGUCGAGUGAAACUUAUCGAUCCUCCGAAGAGGAGGGGGUUCAGGAACUUUAUUCAAAAGCUCCCGAUCCCAUCCUUGGGGAUGUCAAUCACGUUGGGGAUGAAAUGAUUCAACAAGAACUUGACAACCUGAUCAUGGAGAAGGGACCCGAAGUUAUCAACAAGGGUCGUGCAACAACCUCCCCCACCGUUCUAGUUGAUCAAGUGACGGAAACGUCAAACCAUUUGGACAACGAGAAUUACAUUAAAUUCGCCAUGUUGAUUUCGGUUAUCAUAUUCUCUGUUUGCUUUAUGCGAAGGUUUUGUUUGAUUUCUCGAAAUGUGAAAUUCAAUCCGGUAAGAGAUACAUCUUCGAAUCCUUCAUUACAAAAUCAUUCACUCCUGGUAUCGGAAACCUCGGUUUCAAGCAGAAAACGAAGCAGAAAGUGGAGAUGA